AUGCUUCAUCCUCUUUGCCUAGUCAUGAGACUUCUCGGAAAUUAUUUGCAAAUUCUCAUAGUGGUCCUUUUCCUAGUUUCAUACUAUUGGGUUGUUCAACAGCCUUCUGAUGAUUUUGAUUCGGAAAUACCUAUUGAGCGAAUUGUUAAACUUUACGAAAGAGUGAUAUCAGCUUUGCGAGAGAACAGUUCAGAAAUCUGUGAAGGAACCUUUAACUACUGUAGACGUCCCGAAACCCGUCAUAUAAAUUGCGGAGAAGUUUUAAGAGGAAAUAAGACGUAUAUAUCCACCAUAACUGGCGAGAACCGGAUCCCACUUGUAUCCAACCCGUAUCUCAACAUGACAUGCCCUCAGAUUUCUAACAGAAUCCGACCAAGUUAUGAAAUGAAUCCAUUGAAACUUGGUGGCAUUGCAUUUGCUAGAAAUGUUUAUACUGAUUACGAACUGAUAGAAAAACAAGUGCAGAUGACGUGGCAUCCAGAGAAUCGAUAUUGUUUCGUGGUAGAUAUUGAUGCGGACAUUCAUUUUAUCUGGAAAAUGAUUCAGCUUGUGAAUUGUUUUGAAAACCAGAUGACCAUGUUGCCAGUCACUCUGUACAUGGAUAUUGCAGGCCAUAAUCAGAACCUGGCUCACACUCAGUGCAUGGGGUCACUGCUACAGUACCCUAACUGGAGCUAUCUAAUGCUUCUUCAAAAUCAUGAUAUCGUCACAAAGACUGUGUAUGAGUUAGAUAGAAUUUUCGAAAUAAUGAAUGGAGCUGCUGACAUGGAAAUUGAAAAUGAUACUCUAGAUGGAAGUUCGAGAAGGUUCAAUUUCAAUCCGAAGAAUCUGAAGUUAUUCAGAAACGGUCUUUUUGAGCAGCAGAUGUUCCAUAAUUUUCUGUUUUCAGAAACCGGAAUUUCUGAAAAUAACCUCAAAACUCCUGUGACCCUCGUAUCUGGUAGUGUAGCAGCUUCCUUGUCACGUGAAUCUGUGCAAUGGCUUAUUGAUACAACAGAUGUGACUGUGUUUACUGAGCAAUUGAACCGGACUGAGUAUGGAGGUGACAAAAAGUUCAUCGCCUCACUGUAUACAAAUUCUCAACUGGGAAUGCCCGGCCACUUCACUUCAGAAUGCAUCAAACAAGGAGUUCCAGUCGCCCAUUUUACUAGCAUGAGUCAAAUAGCAGAUAAUGAAUCAUAUAAAUGUGCAACAAAAACCACUCGACACAAGACAUGUCUCUUCGGAAUUGAGGACUUGAAAGCAAUCGCAGAGAUGUCGCAUUUGACCUGGAACAAGGUGUACCCAUCAUUCGAUUGGUCUAUCAUUGAUUGUACUGCUGAACUAUUGUUCAAUCGAACGUUUUUAGGACAAGAGAAUAAAAAUUUUGAUGAGGAUUAUUACAUGAAUUCAAUAUCGGUGGAGUAUCAUAGGAACAGAAACAAUCCGGGAUACAAACUGAAUUGCACAUCAAAUCAGAAAACAAAAAGAUAUGAAGAUUACUUAUGA